CCUCAAUUAAGCCAUCGUUUGCCACAACCAUUGAAGCCAAUCAUCACCGCUCAAGACAUCCCGAGAGAGAGACGAUAACUGCAGUGACACGCAAUCGGUGGCGACGAUUGGCGGCCGACACUACCUCUUAGGAUGAGCUCUCACGAGACGAAUGGUGUGCUGAAGGAUGAGCCGAAGCCGCGGCCGAAGGGCUCCUACCCGUCGAAGCAGCAGAGGUUCGGUGCGGCGCCGUUAGCCUCGUUUGAAGACUUGCCAUCUGAUGAUCAACAGAGUCCUGAUGACGAGGAUGACGACGAGGAGGACGUGUCGCUAAACGGAGCGGUGAUUAGGGGCGCCAGGAAUGUGCUGGACUUGGACUCGAGUCAACUGUUGCACCGGAGGGACAGUCCGGGAGGACAGCCGGCGCUCAGCCCGACGCUCACCAUCACUCCCACCGGUUGUGACCGUAAAUCCAGUGAUUGUUUGUCGCAAAAUACGCUCACAUUAGGUGGCAGCGAUUCCGCGACACCCGUUCCCGGCGUCAGUAACUCCGAGUCGUUGUCGUCGCUGAAGCCGGAAGGGGAGGGCCGGCAACAGAGAGGGUCGUCGCACAACUCGCUGCUAUCGGUUCCCGGCGCCGCAGCCGACGGCUCCAAGAGUCCCACCGUCGAGUCGAAACGCAAGAGCUCGUGGACAGACAUCUUCUUCCCGGGCCGGAGUCGCAGCAAAUCGACGUCCAGUUCCCCGCGAAAGUCGCCGACGAGUACCGAACGCAAGCGAAGCGUAUUCACGAAGUUCUUCGGCGGCGGUGGCGCCGGGAGGGCUAAGUCGCCGACAAAGGGCUCCCAUUCGCCGGCUGAGCCCCAGAGUCGGGAGGGGUCGGCCGUGGAGUCGACGGAUACGCCGCGAGUGUCGGUGACGGACACGUCGGAGAACGAGCCGCACGAGGAGCUGAUGAUCGGGUCGCCCAUCAAUGAGCCCAAGCCGUCGGCUCAAGACAUCGUCGGCAUCCUAGAGGCCGCCCACUCGCAGAUGGAGAGCAUGAGUACGACGCCGGUGGACGAGGGCUCCGGCAUUCCGGUGCCGUUACCGCCCCUUAACCUGCGGAAGACGUUGAGGCGCCGGCAGUCGACGAUCGACGAUGAUAUUCAGAGUCUGCCGGAGAUACUGCCCAGCAGUCGAUCCAAUCGUCAAUUGGUCGACAACUCGGAUGACGCAGAAGGCAUGGCCAACAGGGAGACGGUUGUCGUGCAGAUCGAGUCCACCGGCAAAUACGACGACAACUCAUCGGAAUCGGAGGUCGGCUUCGACGACAAUCGCCUCAAGACUCGGCAUAAGACGGGCGGCGCCGACGGCAAGAGCGCGUCGGACGGCGAGGAGGACUUCGAGGCCCAGACUCUGUUGACUCAGGACUCCAUCGACUUCGACGAGUCGUCGUUCGCCGAGAGUUUCGCCGCGAACUUCGCCCUAAUGUCGACCCAACCCGGGGGCCCACCCGUGGAAACGGUGCGGUCGCCCACCCGUAAGGAGCGGCUGGAAGUGUUGACGAUUCCCAUCGAGAGGCCGCGCAGUACGACGCCGAUCAACAUCGUGCCGCUGGAGGCCUACAUCAGGUCCAGUUCCAUAUCGCCCGACCCGGGCGUCGAGAAGAUAAAGCUCUCGCUUCCGGGCGACCAGUUCUCGGCGUCGGCCAGGGCUAAGUCGCCCCGCAAGUCGAACCCAUCCAUUUGGUUUGAGUUCUGCGAGAAGGGUCUCCAGAGUCCGCUCCAGAGGCGUAAACAACGGGCCAACAGUUGCUUCCCGUCGGUGGACACCACUCACGAGCCGAACAACCCGUUCCUGAACUCAGCGGCGUUUGACGCGUUCGCUGCGGCGGCGGUCAGCGCCGCCAACCAGGCGCUCACCCCAUCGCCCGGCAAUCUGACGCCCGUCACCCCGUUGGAGGGGUUUGGCACGGGGGCCGACAAGUGGCCCGGUUUUGGCGAUAAUUUUGUCAACUUUGACACGAUUUUGUCGGCGAACGGCGUGAUUGAGGGGUUCGGCGACAAGUUCUCGUGUAGGUGUGAGUGCAACGCCAACACUAAUACGACAAACAGUGCGACGACCGGUGCUAACUGUGCGGCCGACCCGCUGCUGGUGAGCGGUUCCAGUGACGCGUCGGCCGGCGACGACAGUCUCAACAAUAAGAGCGGCGGCGCCGGCGGUACGACAGCGGCCGCCGGCGAUCACGAGUAUAUGGAGGACCAGCCGCUGGUGAGCCCCUGUCACUGUCUGUGCCACCGGAGGGCCGACUUUGCCUUAACUUUGUGGAAGAGUUCGUCGUUUACGAAACAGGAGAGCGUCUCAUCCGAUAUAUCAUCCGCUUCUUCGCGCCUUAUCGGUUCCAGUUCUUCGAAUUCCAAGUGUUCGCCAUCUGAUGAUAUACUCGAGUCCUUGACCUCUUGA